AUGUAUGAACGUUUAUUUAACAAAGGGAAUAUAUUACAAAAACUUAAAGCCAACUUCAAUUAUAAUAAAAGAGGAUUCAGUGGAGGGAAACAAAAUGUGGAAGUAAAGUAUAUAAAGGAAAGUAAACAAAAAUAUUUAUUUUUAACAGCUGCAGCAUCGAUAUCAUUAUCAGUGGGUUUAACUUAUGCAUAUGAAAAUUAUGUAUUAUAUAAAUGGAAUAAUAAAUAUGAUUAUUAUUAUAACCCUGAUUUAAAGACUGUACAAAAUAAGUUACGUGAAAGAAAAGAAGGGAAACGAGAAAAAAAACAUGUUUGUAAACAUAUUAUAUUAGUAAGGCAUGGACAAUAUGAAAGAAAAAAUCGGAAUGAUGAAAAUUCUAAAAAAUUAACAAAAGAGGGUUGUAAACAGGCAGAUAUUACAGGAAAAAAAUUAAAAGACAUUUUAAGUAACAAAAAUAUAAGUGUUAUUUAUCAUUCGGAUUUAAUACGUGCAAAAGAAACAGCAGAAAUUAUAAGUAAACAUUUUCCAAAUGCUAAAUUAGUAAAUGACCCAAAUUUAAAUGAAGGAACUCCAUAUUUACCUAACCCAAUACCACGUAGUUCGAAAUUUGAUGCCGAAAAAAUUAAAGUUGAUAAUCAAAGAAUAAAUAAAGCAUAUGAAACAUAUUUUUAUCAACCUCCAGGUGAUGAAGAUGAAUAUCAAUUAGUAAUUUGUCAUGGUAAUGUAAUAAGAUACUUUUUAUGUAGAGCUUUACAAUUACCUUUAUUUGCAUGGCUAAGAUUUUCGAGUUAUAAUUGUGGAAUUACAUGGCUAGUCUUAGAUGAUGAAGGCUCAGUCAUAUUAAGAGAAUUUGGAUCUGUUUCACAUCUUCCUUUCAAUAGUGUUACAUAUUUUUAA